AUGUUGGGAGGUUCCAUCGUGGUGGUGUCGUACUCGCUAAUGGGUCGCCGCCUGUGUUCAGUGCUGCCCCCAUUUGAUCAAACGGAAGGGAGCGCAAACAGUCAACAGCGAUUACGUCUUGUCCGUGAGAGAAAGCGUGUAGCUUGGAUUCUUCUGCUGCUCGCGGUGCUAUUCGCACUCUGUUGGCUACCAUACAACAUUCUUCAACUACUACUCGAUAUAAAUGCUGUCCAGGUGGACUCCGUGUCGUCUGUACUGCCCUACACGCUUUUGUUGGGGCACGCAAACUCAGCGAUCAACCCCAUAGUGUAUUGUCUGAUGACGCGCAACUUCAGGCGUUCGCUGAGGAAACUCGUCUGCCACGACCCCGGUAACAUAAACUCUAGUACUCAUUUCCAUCAAGCUUAUUCCCAACAGAUGCAAGGAUUGCGUCAAAAGUCUAACACCUCUAGUAUGAGGACGUGUACAACCGUCACGUUCAGGAGUAGCAACAACCUGGCGAGAGCUCCGUGCAACCCUGCCAUACAAUAUGGAAGGGUUAACAGGAGCUCCAUGAGAGAAAACAGCUUGCAUAGAUAUUCUAAGCCUCAGUACUUGUAAAGGUGAAAGAAAUUUAGGAAUUAUUUAUAUGAAAAAUAUUGACUUCUGCACACCUUCUUUGUUUGUCCACGAAAUAAUAUUUGAAACAUUUCAAAUCGUUCUUAUAAUUUAGUAAAAAUCAUAUCCAUGAAGAUUAUCUGUGCAUCAAAAUGGCUUACAUUGGAGUCAUAUAAGCGUUUCGAAAAUUGCGUUUGAGGAUAAACAAAGUAGGGCUGAGUUUUAGGGCGAGUAAAACAAUGUCACCAUUUCAUUCGCCAACUUUGGCUCUGA